GUAGUAGUUCUCAGACAGACACCGACCGAGUGUGUUGUCUCGUUGAAUCGUUCUACACACAAGCCGUGAAAAUAAUAAUGGUAUACUAUUAGCAGACCCUAUACUCGGUCGUUGCCGGGCUUUUGUUGCAGUGCUUAAAAAAAAAUGUGUAAAAAAAUAUAUAUUUUAAAUAAAAAAUCAACCGCCUUUGAAACGCGCGCGCGUGCCUAACCGGACCGCCGCCAUAGCAGCAUUUUCAUUCAUAAUAAAUGUUAUUAAUAAUAGUAUUGACCUCGCACUUUGAUUCGGGAAAAUAAAAAAUUAAAAUAAAUCACAAUUAAAAAUCAAUAACACAUUAGUUCGGUACGGUUCGUCUUGCACACAUACACACACACACACACAAACGCGUAGAAAAUAUUAAAUUAUUAUUAUUAUCAUGUCGGACUGACAACAGUGAAGGAGAAAAUCAGUGAAACUAUACAAAAAAAAAAUAAUAACAAUAUUAUAAUCCGAAAACAACAAUAUGUACAGCCUUCGGAUGGACGCUAAAGGCCAACAAUUAACGGCGGAGACCUUGUUGCCCGAUGAUGAGCUGCUUAUCAUCGAAAUGUCAACAGAGUACCAUUAGCGUUGUAAACAUGACGGUCGGCGUGCACUGGUAUAGACAUGGGUUGCGGUUACACGACAAUCCGUCUUUGUUGGAAGCGUCAAAAAGGAGCAGCAAGCUCAUCGUUGUUUUCAUAUUCGACAUCAUCAACGAAGAUCCCGAGCUAACCGGAUACAACCGUAUGCGUUUCCUGUUGGAAAGCCUGAAGGAUCUCGACGAAAACUUAAAGGUGCGUGGUGGACGUUUGUACGUUUUGCAAGGUGAUCCCGUUGCAAUUUUCAAGCGCAUACAACAAGAGAUCGGUCUGGACUUGAUAACAUUCGAACAGGACUGCGAACCGAUUUGGAAGAGUCGAGACCAAUCGGUCAAGGCGUUUUGCGAGGAAAACAAUGUGGAAUGGGUGGAGAAGGUUUCGCACACGUUAUGGGACCCGAAGCUGAUAAUCCAAACAAACGGAGGCGUGCCGCCGUUGACUUAUGAGAGUUUCCAAAUCAUUGCAAACAAAAUCGGUCAACCCCCGAGACCCGUGCCCAACGUCGAUUGGAUGUCGGUAAAUUUCCAGACUCUCCCGGCGAACAUACUGGACGAAUUCAACAAGGAACUAAAAGAUCUAACUCCGGAGUACUUCAACAUACGUCCGGAAACCGCUGGCUUGUCUAAUCCGCAUAACCGUUGGUACGGCGGCGAAACAAAGGCUCUGGAACAACUGCAGAACCGUCUGGAAUUCGAAAAGGAAGCGUUCGUCAAGGGGUUUUACCUGCCGAACCAAGUGAAUCCGGACCUGUUGGCGCCGCCGACCAGCAUGAGCGCCGCUCUGCGUUUGGGAUGUCUAUCGAUCAGGAAAUUCUACUGGGAGCUGUCCAAGCUGUUCACAAAGUCUUUCGAAACAAACCUGCUGCCCCAGUACAGCGCCACCAGCCAGCUGAUCUGGCGCGAUUACUUCUACGUCAUGUCGGUGAACAACGACAAUUUCAACAAGGUCGACGGAAAUCCCGCUUGUAUAGCCAUCAAGUGGAACGACUUGGACCAAGGCGACAACAGAAAGCUUUUGGACUGCUGGAUAAACGGCCAGACCGGUUAUCCGUUCAUCGACGCCGGCAUGAGACAGUUAAUGCAGGAAGGAUGGACCCAUCACGUGGUCAGGAACGCGGUGGCUUGUUUUUUGACCAGAGGAGAUCUCUGGAUCAGCUGGACCGAGGGCAUGAAGCAUUUUCUGAAGUACUUACUGGACGCCGAUUGGGCCGUUUGCUCGGGCAAUUGGAUUUGGGUUUCUAGUUCCACUUUUGAACAGCUGUUGGACUGUCCUCUGUGCGUGUGCCCCGUCAGCUACGGUAUGCGAUUGGACCCAACGGGCGAGUACAUAAGGCGAUACGUACCGGAGCUGAGAAAAUUGCCCGGCCGUUACUUGUACGAACCGUGGAAGUGUCCCAAAGAAGUCCAGAACGAAGUCGGUUGUGUCAUUGGCCAAGACUAUCCGGAACGUUGCGUGGACCAUCAACAAGCGUCGUGCGAAAACAGAAAAAAAAUGCAAGAACUGAGAUACUCGUUGAUGAACGAAGGCGACGUGCCGCACUGUCGUCCGGCGAACGCGGCAGAAGUGCAGAAGUUUAUGUGCUUGAGCAACGAUUGCAUGCAAGAACUGUUGGCAAACUUACAAAGCGAGUACGGCGACAUGUAUUGAAAUGUCACAUACGAUCCUUCUCGGUUAGGUUAGGUUAAGGUUAAGUUAAGGUUAGGUUAGGUUUAGGUUUGGUUAGGUUAGGUUAGGUUAAGGUUUAGGUUUAGUUUAGGUUUAGGUUAAGUGAGGCGUCUAGUUUCAAAACCAGCCCAAAAACAUUUUGACAACAAUGUAUUACAUGUUAUGACAAAACUGUUAUUGAAUAAAGAAUGUAAACUAAUUCAAACUGCGUUUGUCUGAAAAUCUCGGUUGGUUCUAUCUAAAGAAAUACUAUUUGUUGUUUUGUGAAAAUUUUCAAAAAUUCUUAAGCUGGUUUUCAAACUAGGCGCCUCGAGUUAGGUUUAGGCUUUGGUUAGGUCCAGGUUAAGGUUAACAAACGCUGCUAAAAAAUACCGUACUUAAAUGUUUAAGCGACUUUCGCCCAGCAAAAGUCUUAUAAUUAUAAUAUAGAUAUAUAUAUAUAUAUAUUGUAUUAUUAAGCGCGCCUAUCUCAAUAUAUAGUAAUAAUUUUAGUUUUAUCGUGCUGCCGUUUCGAUAAAAUAAAUCAACUAAUAAUCAUCGAUCAUUCGGUUAGUGUUAGAGUUUUUGAUCUAUUGCGCAAAAAGAGUAACUCGAGUGUUGGGUUUAAUUUUUUUUUGUCGUUGUAAAUCAUAAUAUUGUAAUAUAAUUAUUAUAUACAUUGAACGAGGUCAGAUAUGGAACAAACGCAUAACAGAUGAUUAGCAUACAUACUGUACUUACUUAACACGGUAAUCAUAAAAACACCUACUCUUCAUUAAAAUAUAAAAUGAGAUAUAUUAAACGGAUCUAGUUAGUACACAUAUAUUAGCCCAGAAAAAACAAAACAAAAAAUCAAACAGUAGAGAUUAAAUACAUCAGUCUUAAGUUUAAGUCUAUUGAAAUACGCUUGGCUCGCGACCAUAGCAAUGGAAAUAAUUAUUAUAUUUGCCAUUUGUGUGAUACUAUUAUUAAACUAUUUUUUUUUUUUUAUGAAAUUAUUAAUUUAGUUGAUUAUAUUGAUAUUCAAUGCUUGUUUAAAAAAUAACAUAUUUUUAAACUCUAAAACCAAAUAAUGCACUUUUAUAGCUGUUAUAUAUAACUAUUACUCAUCGUAGUCAUAAUAUAAUAUUAUAUUAUCAUAUAUUAUUCUUCUAUAAAUGUUUUUAGUGCACUUAUUAAGCGCAAACAACUGUUAAGUUUCUUUUGCGAAAUAAAUUAUUGAAAUUUUAUUGUAUCCAAUUUAUC